CGUGAUGUUUUAUAUUUUUGCACAUUCGAAUGUCUUUAACAUAAUGGAACUCUUCAAAAACGUUGCGUACGAUAUGUCGUAAAAACACUAAUUGCGCAACACAUAAAAAAUUGCUCCUUAUACUCUUGAUAAGCCGCCUACGAUGGAUUUUAAGAUUUCUCGCGUUGAAUAUUAGUAUUUAGAGCUACUGGUCUUUGGAUUGUACUUGAAAGGAUCUCGUUUCGAGAAGGAUUGAGUUUGUUAAAGGACUUUUAAGGAACUACGAAAACUGUGAUAUUAAACUACAGACGGAGAAAUUGUAAUUCCCGCAAAUAAGACAAUGCAGUCUCGGAAAAUCAGCCAAAUCCAGCAGCCAAGUAUUAAGACUGUUCGUAUUGUGCUUCUCGGGCAAGAAGGAGUCGGGAAAUCUGCGCUUGUUGUGCGAUUUCUAACAAGACGUUUUAUUGGUGAAUACGACUCAAACCUUGAGUCAUCGUACAGGCACAUUAGUGAUAUUGAUGGGGUUGUGUUCUGCCUGGAUAUCAUUGAUACCGCUGGCGAGGUAACUGAAAGAAAACUCCAGCAGUGUAGAAGUCAAGGCGACAUAUUUCUUAUACUUUACUCAAUUGCGGACAGAAAAAGCUUUCAGGAGGCAGCUAAUAUUGGAAAAUACCUACAAAACGACAGACCGCUUCAAAAACCUAAGGGCCUGGCACUAGUCGGAAACAAAAACGAUUUGGAACAUUUUCGAGAAGUCGUCAAACCGGAAGCACGUGACUUAGCAACUGAACUKUCGUGCUCAUUCUAUGAGAUUUCAGUCUCUGAGAGAACUGGGUUCGAGGAAGUGAGUGACGUCAUACACAGCUGUUUAAGACAAUAUCUGAAGCAUGCGCAGUAUGAUAGACCAGAGCGCAAUGCUUCCGUGUCGUAUUUAUCAAAAAUGAAAGAAGGAAUCAAGAAGCGAAGGAAUUCAAUUCGACGAAAAUCUGUCGCUUUUUGAAAUAAAAUAUUAAUUAUGYGAACYACCUUUCCUAUUUCCUCAGAUCAACAAUAUCUAAAUCUUAUACUUURUUUAGUCUAAAUCGUAGUCCAAAACUCGCGUCCCCGGGAUUAGAACUGCAUGAUUUCCAAAUCCAAGAUGGCGGAAUUUGUAACCAACUUCACUGAAUAGCCUGACAAAGCACUAAUAAAUACCAGUAUAAUUUUGAUUUGAUUAACAUUUUGAAUCCGGGAAAAACAUAGUGUACCUGGGACUGAAGUUUGGUUUUUAAAAUGUGUAACAUGGUUGAAUGUCAACUGUGUCUUUGAAAGCGUUCUUUUUUUCAUCCUCUUGCAAUACCUAACAAUAACCUAUAUUCAUAACAAAACAAAAGGAGAGCCGUGAUAACGACUUUUGAGGCAAUAAAGGGCUUGUCAAGACACCUAAA